AUGGGAACGAAACAGCAACAGAACAAAACUGUGGAAAAUUCCUCUGGUGAUAAAAAUGGAACCAUUGUGGAAAUGAAACAAGAGGAGAAUAAAACUGUGGAAAAUGAAGCUGAUAAGAUCGGAACCAUUGUUGAAGGUAAACACCAAGAGAGUAAAACUGUGGAGAAAAUUAUUGAUGAUAAGAAUGGGACCAUUGUGGAAACGAAACACCAAGAGAAUAAAACUGUGGAAAACCCCACUGCUGAUAAGAACGGAGUAGAUAUUGAGGUAAGCAAAGAGGAAGAGAACAAGCCCUUACUGCAAGGGGUGCACGAUAAGAUCAAAAUGGAUAAACCAAUCAGUAAAGAGAUAGAAAACAAAACAUUUGAAAAGGCCGUUGUCAAAAACAGCGAAACCGUUGCUGAAACCAUCGACCAAGAAAACAAAACGGAAGGAAGACCCAUUUGUGAUAAAAACUGGACAGAUUUUGAAGUUCAUAAAGGUGAAAAGAACAAGAGCUUGGAUGAAAUGGUUGAGAACAAAGGAAAAAAUUUGGAAACUAUAGAACAGGAGACCAAAGCGUUGCCACCAAUCCCAGGUGCUAAAAACGAAACUUUUGAGGAAUCUAAAGAGCAGGAAAACAAAACGAUAUUUUCAAGGAACGAAACGGAUGCGGAAGAAUCACAUGAGGAAAUUGCCUUGCCACCAAUCCCAGGUGCUAAAAACGAAACAUUUGAGGAAACUAAAGAGCAGGAAAACAAAACGAUAUUUUCGAGGAACGAAACGGAUGCGGAAACUAUAGAACCACGAGAAGAAAUUUUACCACGAGCGAACAUAACUUCCGAGAGCGAAACAGAAACUGACGGAAACGAAAGCGAAAUUCUACAGAACAAAUCAAUGAAUCUAGAGACCACGAUAGCGGAAAUUGAAACGACCACGAUAGCGAUUGAGGAAAAAACGGAAAUCAUUCAGAAAUUAAAUGAAGAUCUCAGUAAACAAACAACACUUCUGCAGAACCGAACAGAAGAUCUUGAGAAAAAAUCGAAUAAUAUGAAAAACAAAAUACUAGAAGUGGAAAACAAAACGAUGCGAUUAGAAAAGGAAUCAGAUGCGAUAUUAAUGGAGAAUGUCGUAAUGGGGCGAACGAUGCUGCGUGUGGAGACAGAAACCAAUGAGAUUGAAAACAAAGCUGUGGGUUUGAAGGAGAUGACUGAGACUCUCCAGAACAAGACAGGAGACCUGCAGGAAGGAACUCAAAGUCUACAGGCUCAGAUUGAAGCUCUACAGAACAAGAUGGUGGCUUUAGAGAACCUGAUGGAAAAAUUUUGA